AUGGCUGAAGUCGCAGGUCUCGUUCUGGGCGGGAUACCACUCGCAGUUUGGGCUCUUGAGAGAUAUGUGGAGCCUUUCGAAGCUUUCCACGAAUACCGCACUUCAAUAGAGACCUUCCGGACCGACCUGAUCCUGCAAAACCGGCAACUCCAUACGACUUUCUGCAAUGUUGGACUUGGCAAGGAACCGUCGAGUGAAGAGCUGCGUGAAUGCUUUGACUCGAAGUUUCCCAGUAUCUCUCGCGAACUGAUGUCAAUUCCCAAAGCUCUGCCAGAUAGGGCCCAAUGGGAAUGGCGUCGAGUGAAACACAGCUUCAGCACAAAAAAGCGCAACAAAGUGAUCGAGGACCUCAGGCGUUGGAACGAAGACUUGAGGAGGUCUCUUGAGAAACCUGAAGUGCCUGCGGAAGACGACAGUGGAAAAGUCCGAGAUCUCAAGCGCCGCUUCAAUAUUCAGCGUUCCAACUCAAUCCGUCAGUGCUUAAGCUCUCUUCACCGAGCACUCGAGACUGGAUUUCGUUGUGCCUGCUCACCCCCUCACCAAGCUGCCGUCGAUCUCGACUGGGCGGCGUAUGAAUCUGAUACAGCCGAAACUCUCAAAGUGGCCGUCUCCUACAGAACAAUCUCACAGUCGCCGCAGCGGCCUGAUCCUUCCCCAGCUUCAUCUCUCCGAUCUAGGAUGGUAUACAUGUUCCGCUCACUGUCCCGGACACCAUCACCACCACCGAUUCCGCCGGAUUUAUCCUCCGUAUCGACUGCUGUGCCAGCCUCAGCAAGCACUGAGAUAACCAACCUUUGUGACGCAGUAUGCACAGAAUGUAAUCCACGGCCUCUGGCCGGCUUCCUCAAAGACACCCAGACGAGCAACAAGAGGUUUGGCAUCGCCGCAUCCAUCGCCUGGUCAGUCCUGCACCUCAGUGGCAGUCCCUGGCUUGGUGACCACUGGGACGAGAAGCAAGCAAACAUUUUUCUCGAGAGAACCCAAGGCGACCGGGAGAUGCUCUCCCGGAACCCGUGUGCCUUAUGUAUAUUCUCAUCGCCAACAACCCCGGAGGAGCCGCUCACGAACGACUUCAUACAUCUCAUCCCCAACAGAAUUGUCUUCGGCCUCGGCAUUCUCCUCAUCGAGCUCUGCAUCAACAAGUCCUUUGCGGAGAUCCGACAGACAGAUGAGAGUGCGAUGGCAGCCUCACUGCUGGAUGACUAUCAGACUGCGCUGAGCAAGUUGGAUGAGGUGUACAGGCUUGCGGGAGACUCUUACGGAGAUGCGGCGGCGCGGUGUGUGAAGCUUGAGUUUCAGGGGCGUGAUCUGUACAAGAAUUUUGAUUUCUCCCAGUUCCGGCGGCAAUUCUACGACGCUGUAGUUGCGCCGGUGCAGGCGACUUAUCUUAUGUUUCCGGAUUCGCGCAUACCUGUGUAA